AUGCCUAUUGCUUUGUAUUCUUUUCUGAAACCAUAAGGGAAUGUAAAAUAAGAUAAAUAGUUAGAUACAUUAAAAAGAAAAUUGAUAAUGUAGUCUGCAUGAGCAUCAAAAAAAUAGAAGAAUACUUUGAUUGUUUUAAUUAGAUUAUUAAAAGAGAUGUUGAGAUUGAUGGUAGGCAAAACAUCUAAGAGGGUAAGAGUGUUGAAAGUUCAAAGUUCUCUUUGCUUGGUUUUAUAUGGUGA